AUGUAACCAAACAAAUUCACCCGAUAUAUGGUACCCUAUGCUGGGAGAGCUAUAUUGCCGAACUACAAAGGAAAUCUUGGGCCAUGGGUAGUGGUGUGUGGAUCGAGAUAUAUACAGUGGGUCAAGAGAAAGCCAGUCUCACACACUGGUGAGAGGAUCACCAUAACAAAGAAAGGACAGCAAUGACAAUUUACACGCCCAAUCAGGAUACACUGGCAAAAACACUUGCUUAAUUUUCAUUGAAAUGCGCUUUAUUUACAAGUGACUGAAGCCACCGGGCGGACUAGAGUCAGUGAAGUGGAACCACUGAGUUCAGCUGUUUGUCUAGCUAGAGGUGCCAUUUGUUUUGAUGCUCUGAUAAGCCAGAGGUACAUAUGGCUUUGUGUAGAUUAAUGCUACACAAGUGUGCAUAACUUUCUGAUGACCACAGUAUGUACGGGCAAGCUUAAAAAUCUCAACUUUUAUAAGACGGAUAUGUACUUGGUGACAGCCAGCUGGGAUUGAAUAGGGCUUUGUCAGCCUACAUGGACUGGCAGCUAUCCUCCAUGGCUGUGUCCUAUUUCAGUGUUUACAUUUACUAUAAACACUGACACCUCUGUGAAGGGGAUAUAAUUUAGUUAUUUAAUCUGCAGUUUGGAGAGGAUAUGACUGUGUACAUGAACCCCUGUCAAGUAGUUAUCCGUCAACAUAGAAAUUUAGGUCUGGACCCCAUCUGACCAGGGCAUUAUAUUGGUACCAGCUUUAUUGCUUCUCAAGGAUCAUGGUUGUAUUGGAUAUACUGACCAUGGGCAUUGACCACCAUUGUGUUUGAUGUUGUUGGCAUUAUCAAUAUGAGUAAGGAAGAUCGACCAGCUGUGUAUCCCCCAAAAUUAGAAUCCUAUAGGACUUCGAGAGGUGAAAGUUCACAUUCAUCAAAUCAGGCCUCCAGUGCUCAUUCAAGGCCUUCAACUGAGUCCCAAUCUCACAGUGGUGCUAGAAGAAAUUCUGGGAAUUACCCUGAUAUUGUUGACAGUGAUAACUGUUUUUUGCCAUCAGAAAGUUUUACAGAUCUAAGAAAUACAAUGGAAUCUCAAAAUAGUGCAUCAAAUCAAACCAAUAACAGGCCUAGUACUUCUACAUCAGGUGAUUCAAGUGGACAAAGCACAAGGGCAGCAGCACCACAGUCACCAGGAGUGGUCAGCGAACAUCGAAGGUCAAUCAGUGCAAUUAUAGAUCACCAAAUGCAACAGGCAUUAGAACAAAGUGUGCAAACCCAUAACCUCCAAAGGGUCAGCCCUACCCAGGGGCUGUACCCUGCCAUCUCUAGCUCUUCUACAGUCACAGCAACCACAUCCACAGGAGUGACAGGUUCUACCCAUAUCAGUACACAUGACCUCAGUGCAGGAAUUACCCCAGGGGUGGAUGCUGGUCGCGAGGCCCUCCCCGAUAUCUUACAUUCCCAUGUGAUACCUUCCAACCUUGCUCCCUCGGGUCACCAUGGACAACCUCAUGGUCACCUCCCACCUGGAGUUGAUCCACGUGUUUACACCUACCACCAAAGCCAGGGACGACACCAUUCACGGCACCAUCGUGGUGGUCGAUCCUCACGGGAUAGGCGCCGCAGUCGGUCUCGGAGUGGGUCACAGACAGAAGAGCCUUGCAAGGCUGGUUGUAUGAACUGUUUAGCUGCGUCAACAUCAUUUCGAUGGAUUCUUGUGAUCCUGUCAUUAUUAGGGGUGUGUUGUGUGGUGACUGGAAUUGUUUUAGCAGCUCUCCAUGCUGCAGGAAACAGUUUCCUCUUCCUGGCCAUCAUGUUCAUUGGUUUGGGUGUUCUGCUUGUGGUUGUGGUAGCUGUUGGAUGGAAAUGUACACCGAGGGGUCAUGAACCCUUACAUGCAUUAUUUGGACUUGGUGACUUUCGCCAUCAGCCCCGAGAAAGGCGACACCGUCAUCAUGGUCACCACCGGCGGCGAGGGGAGGGUCAGUGGUAUGGAGGUGUGAUGUACCCCGAGUUUCAGUACAGACGUCCACCCCCCUCUUACAACGUGUCCAUGCAGGAGUUCCAGCAUCAGCUAGUCAUGGCACAAAACCAGCCCCGUAACUUUGAUGAUGUGCCAGUUGAGGACUACAGCUUACCAAGUUCACCACCCCCCUCAUACCGCUCACGAGCCAGCACGGUGAGGACUGGCAUACAGAUCACAUUUCCACCGUCCCGAGCAGAUCAGCCCAACUCGCGCCCUCCUACAUACCGUUCUCAUGUUGGAACAGACCAGCAGUCACACGCACGCCCCUCCCUGCCCCGGGACAAUGAAGGAAAUGUAGUGACAGGUGGGGACAUUCACAUAGAGGUCCCAAACAUUAGUGCUAUAAAUAUAAUUAGUACAAACACAAUGUCUAACACGACCACAGGAAUAGACAUAGAAGGUCCCUCUUCAAGUCACCCAGCAGUAUCACAGGGUCCUUCCACUAGUGCUAAACCCUUAGACACAACUACCGGUGCUAGCGGCCAAACAGUAGUCACCGUCACCCACACAGCUGCUGACCACAUACAGGUUCAAAGGACACUUGGAACAAAAAAUACUGAUCAGCCAAAAAAUGAACAAACAAGUGUUGUUCAGGCUGAGGAUGAAUAUCCCAUGGAGACCCCACUUUGACUGUAGCAUUAUGUGUUGUCCCUUCAUCUGGUCACCGACUACAUUCAACGUCACAUAGUAAGUUAUUUACAUGGAGGAAUAUUUCAAUGGUGCACAAUGCUUUACAGUAGUGUGAUAAUGGUGAGAAUGUGUGUGACUGGUGAAAGGUGAUUUGUCACUGUAUGGAGUGUGAAGACGGUGUGACAGAUUUGUUGUUUAGUGAGUGAGUACAGUAUUGAUAACGUGUGUUGUAGUCAUCAGUACUCAGUGUGAAGGCUGUUUAUCACAGUAUCAAGUGUUACUGGUGAGUCCAUGUUUUUACCAGUUUAUGAAGAUGAAGUGUUGUACCAGAGAGUGUGACACCCCAUGCCUGUUACCUAGUUUGUGUUGUGUCGAGUUGUCAUAGCUGAUUUUGCGACUUUUAACAUGUUUUACCUGUUUUUGUAGUUUUAUCAUGGUUGAUUACUUAUACAUUCCCCAGGUACAUGUCUGUCAUUACUGAUACCAUUAAAUGUUCCCUGGUAAAAUGCUUUUUACAAUUAUACAUGUUAAAUGUUUCUAUAAAACCUUCAGAUGACAGUGCUAACACUGGUAUCAGUCGGCACUUUUCCUCGACUUGAAUCUUUCAUUCAUAAGUUUACCAUGUCCUAUCGUGUUUUGACCCAAAGUUUCUCAAAGGUUGUAAUUAGCUCUGAUGUUGAACCUGGGGCUUGAAAUCAUCAUUCAGUUUAAGAGUUGAUAUUAUCAUAUAUAUUUCAGAUCUUUCAAUAAACUAAUAUGUAUGUACAAAAUAUAUGGAGAAAUUUCUUCUGAAUAAAGUUCAAAUCUAUUAAUAUUUCUUUAAGUAUUUGCCUUACACUAGAUUGUAGAUAAAGCUAACAAGGAUGAGAAUAAGAUACAGUUUCAAACCUAUGUCUGUGUGUAGUAUAUUUUUCUAUGUAUUUAUCAAACUUGAAAGAUUGAGUACCUGUACCGUUGUUAUAAGGAUUAGACUUGCACAAGUCCCAUCAUUGUGAAUCUUGCUAUCCAGUGGUAUCCAGACCUAUAUUACCAAUACUGGCAAAUUGGCAAGGUCAAGUUAUUGACUGCUAUACAAAAACUAAAACUUUGGCAUAAGUACAGCUUACUAAGAAAUUGUUGAUACUGGCAGGCAAAGAUACAUAAGUAUAGCUUACUAAGUAAAUGUUGAUACUGGCAGGCAAAGAUACAUAAGUAUAGCUUACUAAGUAAAUGUUGAUACUGGCAGGCAAAGAUACAUAAGUAUAGCUUACUAAGUAAAUGUUGAUACUGGCAGGCAAAGAUACAUAAGUAUAGCUUACUAAGUAAUUGUUGAUACUGGCAGGCAAAGAUACAUAAGUAUAGCUUACUAAGUAAAUGUUGAUACUGGCAGGCAAAGAUACAUAAGUACAGCUUACUAAGUAAUUGUUGAUACUGGCAGGCAAAGAUACAUAAGUAUAGCUUACUAAGUAAUUGUUGAUACUGGCAGGCAAAGAUACAUAAGUACAGCUUACUAAGUAAUUGUUGAUACUGGCAUUGCUAUUCCAAUCAGAGCAGUUCUCCUCAUACAAAACUGUACCACUUACUUUCCAAAUCAAUAUCUAUUACAUGAAGUAGAGAGACAGAAAACAAACUGUUAAUGUAUAAUCAGAACAAUUACCACCUUCAAUACCUGAGUGAUAGACAUAAUUUUCUUGGGCAUGUGCAAGUCUAAUGAAAACUGUUAAAAGUGUUGUUAUAACUUUGAGCAUGUUACAGUUAUGGUUGAUGAUUGUUAUACUGUUUAUUUGAUCAAUAUGUUACUUAAAAGUUGUUGACGCUAUCUGUACAUUCCGAUCCAAAACAUGUGGAGUCUAUGCAAAUAAAUUAUUUUAUGUGAUGGCAUACUGGGAAAACCACCUCCUACUCAUUCUAGACUGACUGUACUUUAUAAAGCUCAUAACAUACAUUUACACUGCAUAUCUGUAUUCUAAGUCAGAAAAUGAUUUGAUGGCAUAUUCCUUGAUGAUUUAUUCUCUAAUUUCCUAUAUAAAGACAUCGUUUAAUGUGCAAUUAGGAAUACAGGAAUUUUUAUCUGCCCACAGUUUACUACAGUUUGUAUAAUAACUACCUAUUUAAUGUUUGUAUACUCCGCUGUCAUUUGACCACACACUGUUGUUUUUAGUUCUGUCAUUGCAUUUGACUCUCUAAUGCGUUUAUUUCUGGCAUUGCAUUUGACUCUCCAAUGCGUUUUAUUUCUGUCAUUACAUUUGACUCUCCAAUGCGUUUUAUUUCUGGCAUUACAUUUGUCUCUAAUGCGUUUCAUUUCUGGCAUUGCAUUUGACUCUCCAAUGCGUUUUAUUUCUGUCAUUACAUUUGACUCUCCAAUGCGUUUUAUUUCUGUCAUUACAUUUGACUACAUUGUCGUUUUACUUGUUCUUACUUUAGACUACACACUGUUGUUUUACCAUUUACUCCACUGUGUCGUUUUAUUUCUGUCAUUACAUUUGACUCUCCAAUACGUUUUAUUUCUGUCAUUACAUUUGAAUCUCCAAUACAUUUUAUUUCUGUCAUUACAUUUGACUCUCCAAUGCGUUUUAUUUCUGUCGGUUCAAUACAUUUGACUACACAAUGUUGUUUUAAUUUCUGUCAAGAUAUUUGACCGUAGUUUUAUCUCGAUUCCUUUUUAUCUGUGUGUGUAACUUGAUAUUAAUAGUCUGUUGCCUAUUUAUUACUGGCUUAUUCAUUCUGAUCAGUUCUACAGUUUAUAAAUACCUUUUAUGACUUUUCCAUGUCAAAUAACUGUUUUCAUUUAAACAUAGACACAUUCCUUUUGCUGUGAUUUCACAACUUAAAACAUUUUAAAAACUUAGUUAGAAAAUCUUCACUACUGGUUUUUAUUUUGUCAUUCACAGUCCUUUUAUAUCCAAGAGACAUCAUUUUAGAGGGGCUAUUGAAUGAAGUUGGUUAUAUAACCAAAGUCCUUUAUAAUGAUUAAGUUGGAUACUUCUUAUGAUCAAUAUUAAUGCUGAGAAUUAAACAAGAGCCAAGAUUUUCUUGGCAUUCUUAACAAGACAUUGAGAAAUCCUUAAUCUUUAUAGCUAUGGCACACUUCCAAUCACCAGAGCAUGCACUGUACACAAACAUGUUUUGCUUUUAUAAAUGAAUAUCGUAGUUUUCCCAUGCAUUUUCCUCAUAACAUCUCAAUCUUUAGCAUAAAUGAAGAUCUUAUUUUAUGUUUAGAAAUACUGAACUAAUAUUUUUUGUAUAGCCUACAUUUUCAAAUUCACUUUAAUGUUCCUUUGUGUACUGAUGCAUACUCUCAUAAAAUUGUUAUUCUUUUUUAGGAAUUCAAAGCUUAACAAAACAUUUCUUAUAUUUAUUAUCAUACACAUAAUUUCUGUUAGCAAUAUAUUUCAUAAAUUUAAAUUGCGGAGAAAUAGUUAGGUGUGAAAUCAAAAACACUGUUGUUCCCACAGAGGUAUUGACAAGCAGCUUGUUUCCCGUUAGAGGGUAUGGUAUAUGGUGCUAUUUCGGCAAUCAGCUUUAUAAGUUGUACUGGCUUCUCCAAGAUAUAAAAGUGACCAGAGUGGACAUCAGCUACAGGUCAUCUCAUUAUCAACUACGGAAUUAUUGAGGACAUGUAUUUUUGGGACCUGAAUGUUUUACAGGGCAGGGCAGUCAUGAUCAUUGACUAAAUAUAAAUAGCCCCUUUACAAAAUUAUGGUUGGAAAAUGGCACUUUUUUACAUGAAAUUAUAUUUUUGUCAUAAAAUGGCUGUUGACAUAAUAUUGUGUAUAUGUUUUAACUUAACAUGAUAGUCGGCUGAUAGAAACAUGUAUCGGUACUAUGCAUAGGCUGAUAUAUAUACAUUUGUGUAUAUAUACUGAAGUAGAUCUUCAUCAUGAGUCAAACAUUCUGUCUAACCAACACUGUUGUUUUUUGUGUUUUCAUUAUGAUAGAUUUUCUAGUUGGAGAAAAGAAGUGUCUAUAUUUUGCAUUAGUGUUUUUACAUAUGAGCCAUGUCACAUUGAUGUAACUUUGCUAUUUUGUAUUAAACAUUUAAAA